UAUAUUAUCAGGAAAAAUCUGUCAAUUGAAAGAAAUCGAGCCAGCACAAGUGUGAGUAUUGUAACCUGCCAAGCCGAAAAUCUUUCCUUUCCUCGCCUGACACGCGUGCCGUGGUGGCCAGAAGCCGUUUUUUCGAAUUUCGCCGAGUAGUUUUGAUUUAAAAGUGGGACAAAAACGGGGGCCAUGGGAUCGCCGCCGGGGAGCAACGUCCCGAUUUCGGAUAAGAGGAAAUUCGUCGCCCAGGGGGUCCUGAAGGCGGAGUUGAACGAGUUCCUGACCCGGGAGCUCGCCGAGGAAGGUUACUCGGGGAUUGAAAUGAGGAUGACACCGGCCCGGACGGAAAUCAUCAUCAUGGCGACGAGCACGCAGAACGUCCUGGGCGAAAAGGGAAAAAGGAUCAGGGCUUUAACGUCAGUCAUACAGAAGAGGUUCCAGUUCGCCGAAGGGAAGCUGGACCUGUAUACUGAAAAGGUCGCCACACGUGGUCUGUGCGCCAUCGCACAAGCAGAAUCCCUCAGGUACAAACUAAUUGGAGGCUUAGCCGUGAGAAGGGCAUGCUAUGGAGUCCUCAGAUUUAUAAUGGAGAACGGGGCCAAGGGCUGUGAAAUAGUCGUUUCUGGAAAACUCCGAGGGCAAAGGGCCAAGUCGAUGAAAUUUGUCGACGGCCUCAUGAUCCACAGUGGCGACCCUUGCAACGAAUAUGUCGACUCUGCCACAAGACAUGUCCUAUUAAGGCAAGGCGUGCUUGGAAUCAAAGUGAAAAUUAUGCUCCCAUGGGACACCCUUGGGAAAAUCGGGCUUAAGAAACCUCUUCCUGAUAACGUUUGUGUAUGUGAUCCAAAAGAAGAAACUGUCAUAUCUGGGCCGGUUUCUGACAUCAAGGAUCCUCUCAUACCAGCUGUUGCUUAAGAAACACUUUCUCUUCUUUUUCUUGUCUUUUUGUAAAAACAAUAUUUAAACU